AUGAGCUCCUCAACGCCCUGCUCAGCCUGCACAUGGACAGCAGACCGUCAAGAAAACUGUCGCUACAACAGCAACGUGAAACUAUUCUACGGCGUAAGCGACCGCGGAGUCUGGUCCCUGGGGUCGCGGUAUAUCCUAAAAGAGCGCUCCAGCCAACCUCCGAAUUCUGAAGUCCCGAAUCUGAGAUUCCUGAAGGAACACACCUCCAUCCCCAUCCCCACCGUCGUCCGCAGCUGGGAAGAAGACGGCCGCGCCUUUGCCAUUAUGGACCGAGUCCCUGGGACGCCGUUAAGUGCAAUCUGGAGCACCCUGUCAGAGGUCGAGAAGAAGAGCAUCGCAAAACAGACGGCGGAGUACCUGGGACAGCUGCGCGAGCUCCACUCCAACACGAUGCAAGGGCUUCACGAUCAGCCGAUCUACUCUGCGUUUCUAUUUCCCACGGGCUACGGUGUCCCUCAUGGGCCGUUUUCGUCUGAUGAUGAACUGUGGUCGGAAAUGAAACAGGCUCUGCAGGGGAUCCCGGAGGAUGUUUGCCUAAGGCUUCGAGAGCGCAUGCCGUCCGCAGCACCGUAUACCUUCACCCAUGGGGACCUUACUUUCGUUAAUAUCAUGGUUGACGAUGGUCGUGUUACUGGGAUCCUUGACUGGGAGUCUUCUGGAUAUUUCCCUGUCUGGUGGGAGUUCACUUGUGCUGGAAUUGGCUUGAGCAACGAGGACAAGGAGUGGAAGAAUCUGCUACACCGAUAUAUGCCUGAUCACACCAAUGCUCGCGAGUUUUGGUUGGAUUUUUAUGCUCUUUCUAAGUAUCCCAAUCUCAAUGAAAGAGGGAUGGCACUGCUGAAGAGCACCACUAAAUAG